UGCGCGCUUUCCAAAGAGUGCUUUUUCGGCCUGUUCCGGCACGGCUCGGCUAUCUUCGCCUCUUUGUUUUACGGACAGUGGAUUUAACUGGACUCCGACCCGGUACCGAGCGGCCCGCGCGGCUCUUCACAGGACAGCACAGGACAGAGCAGGACUCAGCAGAGACCUGUGUGUGUGCGGGCCCCAUGAGAGGCUCCUGAGGAUGUGGAGCUGAACCAGGCUGGACCUCUGCUGCCCCCCACAGCCCACGCAUGGCGGUGCUAGGGAACCCCGACAUGCUGACCAGGAAGAUCAAACUGUGUCACAUCAAUGCCCACAUCACCUGCCGCCUGUGUGAGGGCUACCUGAUCGACGCCACCACGGUCACAGAGUGCUUACACACCUUCUGCCGCAGCUGCCUGGUCAAGUAUCUGGAGGAGAACAACACAUGUCCCACGUGUCGCAUCGUGAUCCACCAGAGCCACCCUCUGCAGUACAUCGGCCAUGACAGAACAAUGCAGGACAUCGUCUACAAGCUGGUCCCAGGACUGCAGGAGGCGGAGUUGAAGAAGCAGAGGGAGUUCUAUCAGAAGCUGGGCAUGGAGGUCCCUGGAGACAUUAAAGGAGAGCUGUGCAACAUGAAGACUCACCUGGACCAACGCAACGGGGAGGCCAAGUGUGAGGAGCCUGGACACAAGGAGGCUGGAGAGGAGAAGGCCGAAGAGGACAAUGACUACCACCGCAGUGACGAGCAGGUGAGCAUAUGUCUGGAGUGUAACAGCAGUAAACUGAGAGGACUCAAGAGGAAGUGGAUCCGCUGCUCGGCUCAGGCCACCGUGCUCCACCUCAAGAAGUUCAUCGCCAAAAAGCUCAACCUCACCUCCUUCAACGAGCUGGACAUUUUAUGCAACGAGGAAAUCCUGGGGAAGGACCACACGCUCAAGUUUGUCGUCGUGACCCGAUGGAGAUUUAAGAAGUCGCCCCUCCUGCUCCACUACAGACCCAAAAUGGACCUGCUGUAGCCCCCAUAGCGGCCGCCGACUGUGCCCCAAACCUCUUUAUGCAAAAACCACGUCCAGCAGCGAGCGGGCCCUGGAGGUACCCGACCACCGGAGGUCCCUGCGCCCCCCGCCCAGCAAGCCUCCAGGAGAAACCACAUUUCUACUUUUGUACGAACCAAGACACUAGCACUGGUGCUCAGCCUAACUCAGCGACGGUGGCCGGAGAAUCCACUUUUUCUCAAAUGUUUUUUACGCCGGGAGCAUGGGGAGGGAGAGAGGACAGAACUAUAUUUGGCAUAAUAUUUAUCAACAAAUGUCUAUUUAAUUUUGUUGAUUUGCCUGAUUUGCUUUUGGCUUCGUUGUCAGUUUAUUUGUGUUCAGUUGUGAAAAGGCUUUUUGUGUACUAAGUUAUGUUCUAUAUCAAUAUUGUACAUAAAUCUGUCAUUAUAGGAAAGUUUGAAAAGAGACUUAUGACUGUUGGAGCCAGAAGUGCUAUCUGUUAGAGAGAGGGUCUAUGGUUUUAUUUAAAGUACAUGUUCAACAGUGACCUCGCUGGCAUCGGCACAUUUGACAAAUACGAGCAAAGACAGAGCAUAAAAAUAAAUCUUACUGUGAUAACGGAAAAUACAUAAUCCUCUAAUAAUAAUAAAUAUUUAAAAACUA